AUAUAUGUUGGGGAAAGGAGGAAAACGGAAGUUUGAUGAGCAUGAAGAUGGGCUGGAAGGCAAAGAGGUGUCACCUGCUGACGGUCCAUCGAAGGUGUCGUACACCUUACAGCGCCAGACUAUCUUCAACAUUUCCGUUAUGAAACUCUACAAUCACCGGCCAUUGACGGAGCCCAGCCUGCAAAAGACAGUUUUGAUCAACAACAUGCUGAGGCGAAUCCAGGAGGAGCUCAAGCAGGAGGGCAGUUUGAGGCCUGUGUUCAUCACCGCUUCACAGCCGACGGAUCCUCUGGGAGACAACUUCCGAGAGGUCCAGCCCGCCUUUAGCCAUUUGGCCUCCCCACCGGUCCAUCCCGCUGACUCCACGAGCACUACGCUGUUGGAGUCUUGCCUCACCCCAGCUUCUCUCCUCGAGGAUGACACUUUUUGCACUUCCCAGACUCUCCCCCAAGAUGGGCCUACGAAGCCACCACCUCCAACGACCCCGCCAGUAAAGGACAGUUUCUCCUCAGCCUUGGACGAAAUCGAGGAGCUCUGUCCAUCACCUACCUCCGCUGAGGCAGUAGUAGCCGCAACAGCAGCAGAAAUGACGGCGUCGGAUAACUCUAAAGAGGAGUCCAGCGAAUCCGCCCUUCAGAAGCCUGAGGGGGUACAGGAGAGCCGAAUGAACGAACCUCGGCUCAUGGAUUCUUUACCAGGCAAUUUUGAGAUCACAACAUCGACAGGUUUCCUCACAGACUUGACCUUGGAUGAUAUUCUCUUUGCCGACAUCGACACUUCUAUGUACGAUUUCGAUCCUUGCACAUCCGCUGCGGGGGCUGCCUCCAAAAUGGCUCCCGUCUCCGCAGAUGACCUCUUAAAAACUCUCGCCCCGUACAGUAGCCAACCGGUAACCCCCAAUCAGCCUUUCAAAAUGGACCUCACAGAACUGGAUCACAUCAUGGAAGUGCUGGUUGGGUCUUAAAAGAUAGAUAUAUAUAUAUAUAGCAACUUUUUUUUAAUGUACCAGUAUAAACACUUGGUAGUAUUUACUCAACUGCCCCCCCCCUUUUCCAAGUCUACUCAGAUAUACAUGCAUACAAACACACACACACACACACACACACACACACACAAUGCAUGUGGUAAUGGCUUGUCUUUUUUUUUUUUUUAAGAAAAGGAUUCUAUUAGUUUUUGCUUCAAGCAGAGUUGGAGUGCCUUCAUCCAUGUAUGGUCCACUUUUAAGAUUUUUUUAGAAGUGGUUCUUCAAGGGAGACCUGAAAAUCCUGGUAUAGGGUUUAAAAAAAUGCAUAAUUGUAGACAAUAUUGAAACGCCUGAUAAGAAAAAAAAGAAUUGUAGAAGUUAAGCACAAGGAUUUAUGUUGGGGAAAAGCUGUAAAUUGCAUGAGCAUAUCUGUCUAUUUUUUCUAUAAGUUUUAUUGCGAGAGGUUUAAAAUAUUAUUUAGAUAAUUGCAAGUA